AGCCACUUUUGCUUCUCAAAUACCAAUGACAGCAAGCUAACUAGCUUCAGUUCACAGCACUGCUGACUGACCUACGCUCCCAAUAUGGCUGGUGUUCGAGCCCUUGGUGUUCUGUCCAGAGUGACAUUAAGGAGAUACGCUCUCUGUUCAGGCAGUACAUAUCGCACCUUCUCAGUAGCUCCAGCCAUGCUAGCACGAACCCAUGUGAACUAUGAAGUCAAGGGCGAUGUUGCUGUUGUACGGAUGAACGCCCCAAACUCCAAGGUCAACACACUGUCAAUCCAAAUGCAAAAUGAGAUGACAGAAGUAAUGAAUGAGUUGUGGGCCAACAACGCUGUCCGAAGUGCCGUCCUCAUCUCCUCUAAGCCGGGAUGCUUCAUUGCGGGAGCUGACAUUAAUAUGAUCCAGUCCUGUAAGGAUGCGGAAGAGGUCACCAAACUUUCUCAGGAAGGGCAGAAGAUGUUCGAGAAGAUUGAAAAGUCUCCCAAGCCUGUCGUCGCUGCCAUCAACGGCUCCUGCUUAGGAGGCGGCUUAGAGUUUGCCAUCGCCUGCCAGUACAGAAUUGCAACAAAGAGCAAGAAAACAGUUCUGGGCACUCCUGAAGUAAUGCUGGGUCUUCUUCCUGGAGCUGGUGGUACUCAGAGACUCCCCAAAAUGAUUGGUCUGCCCAGUGCCUUUGACAUGAUGCUGACAGGAAGAAAUAUCCGAGCAGACAAAGCCAAGAAGAUGGGGCUUGUCGACCAACUUGUGGACCCUCUAGGACCUGGGUUGAAGAGUCCAGAGGAAAGAACGAUAGACUACCUUGAGGAAGUGGCCAUCGAAUAUGCCAAAGGGAUUGUCGAUAAGAAGAUCAAACUCCACAAAGAGAAAAGCAUGAUGCAGAAAAUGCAGGACUACGUCAUGAGCUUUGAGUUCGUACGGAAUCAGAUUUACAAAACUGUCCAUGGUAAAGUAAUGAAGCAGAGCAAGGGACUUUAUCCAGCACCCCUGAAAAUAAUUGAGUGUGUGAAGACUGGAGUAGAACAAGGCCCCACUGCUGGAUACUUAGCUGAGUCUCAGAACUUUGGUCAGCUGGCAAAAACAUCAGAAUCUGGUGCCCUGAUUGGUCUCUAUCAUGGUCAAGUUGCGUGCAAGAAGAACCGCUUUGGAACUCCAGAAAAAGAAGUGAAGACUCUUGCCAUCUUGGGAGCAGGUCUGAUGGGAGCAGGUAUCGCCCAGGUGACUGUGGACAAAGGUGUGCACACGAUCCUGAAGGAUACCACUGUAGACGGACUGGCCAGGGGAGAACAGCAGGUUUACAAAGGGCUCAACGACAAGACCAAAAAGAAGAACAUCACCUCAUUUCAGAGAGACUCCAUACUGUCCAACUUGACUGGCCAGCUAGAUUACAGUGGCUUCGAGAAGGCCGACAUGGUUAUCGAGGCUGUGUUUGAAGACAUCAAAAUCAAGCAUGCAGUCCUGAAGGAGGUUGAGGCUGUGGUUUCCCCUCACUGCAUAUUUGCCAGCAACACGUCCGCUCUGCCCAUCAAGGAUAUCGCUGCUGCCAGCAAAAGACCAGACAAGGUGAUUGGAAUGCACUACUUCUCUCCGGUGGACAAGAUGCAGCUCCUUGAGAUUAUCACCACUGAUCAGACGUCGAAGGACACAACAGCCUCUGCUGUGGCGGUCGGCCUGAAGCAGGGCAAAGUCAUCAUUGUUGUUGGGGACGGACCUGGAUUCUACACAACAAGGUGUCUGGCUCCCAUGUUGGCUGAAGCUGUACGAGUGCUUCAGGAAGGAGUGGAUCCCAAGAAGUUGGAUGCGCUCACCACAGGCUUUGGGUUCCCUGUGGGUGCAGCCACACUGGCUGAUGAAGUUGGUAUUGACGUCGCUGCCCAUGUGGCCGAGGACCUCGGCAAAGCUUUCGGCUCCCGCUUUGGUGGUGGAAACGUGGAGGUUCUGAAGACCAUGGUGGACCUGGGAUUCAAGGGCCGCAAAUCAGGAAAGGGUUGUUACGUCUACCAGCCAGGACUCAAGGUGAAAGAGGUGAACCCAGAGAUCGGAGAUAUCCUUGAAAAGUACAAGAUGACACCAAAUCCUGCUGUUUCAUCAGACUCUGAUGUGCAGUACAGGCUCAUAUCUCGAUUCGUCAACGAGGCCGUGCUGUGUUUGCAAGAGGGCAUUUUGAACAAUCCUUUGGAAGGAGACAUCGGGGCUGUGUUUGGCCUGGGAUUCCCCCCCUGUCUCGGAGGACCUUUCCGCUUCGUGGACACCUUCGGCGCAGACAAGCUGGUGGAGAAGAUGAGGCAGUUUGAAGCCGUCUACGGGAACCAGUUCACACCGUGCCAGCUCCUACUGGAUCACGCAAAGGAUUCUAGCAAGAAGUUUCACAAGUGACCGACCCACCGUGUGUGCCAGUAGCUUUUCAUAGAACUCCAGCCUGCUGCUAGAAUGUGCCUAACAUUUAUAUCAAGAGUGGGGGCAAACAUACUGAAAAUGCAGUCUGUUGACAGUUCAUGAGGUGCACCUAGAUAAAUCUAGCAACAGUCCUGCAAUUAAUCCUUUAUGAAGGUUAUGAUGUUAAGUCUUUGUUAAAAAAAACUGGUUUAGAGAGGUGUUUGUUCAACUUGAAAUGUAUUGCGUUAUUAUAUACAGGGUAUAUAAAAUAACUUAAAAGUAACUUUGAGGGAGGUACGAUUUAUUGCAGGCCUGUUCAUGAGAUUGCAUUAGUUCUGGCUAGCUGUACCUAAUAAACUGGCAACUUGAGGGUGUGAUGUCAACACAAAAGGAUGUUUUUCUUUGUACUUUAACAUUAUUGAUUGACUUGAUGUAUAGAUUGAGGAGCAGAAGGAGGCUAUAUCUUCACACAUUGCGGAUGUAAAGAUUCUGUAGAGGCAGAAGAAUUAAAAUAUUUUCCAACUGGCAAGUUAGUCCUUCAUUAUGGAUGAAUGUCUACCACUAUGAGUGUCUUUUCUCCUUUUUUGUACAUUAAAAAAAAACUCGGGAGGGAGGGCUGGUGUGAACAAUGAUGUAAAUGUGACACCUGAAUUAAAAUUUUGUUAUUGAAUCAAAA